CACUGAGCCCCCAGAUCCCUGUGCACCAUUUGGGGUCACUCAGCCCCCAUAUCCCUGUGCACCAUUUGGGGUCACUGAGCCCCCAGAUCCCUGUGCACCAUUUGGGGUCACUCAGUCCCCAUAUCCCUGUGCACCAUUUGGGGUCACUGAGCCCCCAGGUCCCUGUGCAUCAUCUGGGGUCACCGAGCCCCCAGGUCCCUGUGCACCAUUUGGGGUCACUCAGCCCCCAUAUCCCCAUGCACCAUUUGGGGUCACUCAGUCCCCAUAUCCCCAUGCACCAUUUGGGGUCACCGAGCCCCCAGAUCCCCAUGCAUCAUUUGGGGUCACCGAGCCCCCAUCCUACCCAGCCCCUGCUCCUGGUGCCUCCCUGCCCUCGGGGUGGCUCUGGAGGGGAUCACUCUGGAUGCAGCAGGAGCCCCCCAAUCUCUGCUGCCCCCCAGCCCGUCAGGUGGGACCGUGGCUUGGGACAGGAUCCCCCAGUCCCGGUGACAGCCCUGGGGGCUCGCAGGGGCCGGGGGUGUGGGGGCAGCGCCCAGAGGAGGGCUGGGGGUGCUGGGCUGCCCCUCAUUCCCCAUUCCAGGCUGCUCACACGUCUCCCCUGGGCAGGGAUCUCCGAGGACUCCAAGGUGGAGGCUCCAGCCUUCACGGACGCCAUCCGCAUGUACCGGCAGUCCAAGGAGCAGUACGGCACCUGGGACAUGCUGUGCGGCAACGAGACCCAGGUGCUGAGCAACCUGGUGAUGGAGGAGCUGCUGCCCGAGCUGCGGAGCACCAUCGGCCCCCGGCUGAAGGGCAAAGCCCCGGAGCGCCAGCGGACCUGGAUCCAGGUGUCAGAUGCUGUCUAUAGGAUGGUCUAUGAGCUGGCCAAGGCUCAGUACGACGCAGCAGUGGCCAGGUGUGAGCAGGAGCGGCCGCAGCUGGAGAGCACCAUCCGCACGGACAUGGACCAGAUCAUCACCUCCAAGGAGCACCUGGCCAGCAAGAUCCGAGCCUUUGUGCUGCCCAAGGCAGAGGUGUGUGUCCGUAACCACGUGCAGCCCUACAUCCCCUCCAUCCUGGAGGCCCUGAUGACCCCCACCAGCCAGGGCUUCGCCGAGGCGCGCGAGGUGUUCUUCAAGGAGGUCACCGACAUGAACAUGAACGUCGUCAACGAGGGCGGCCUGGAGAAGCUGGUGGAGUACAUGGAGAAGCUGUCCCACCUGGCCUUCCACCCCGUGAAGAUGCAGUCGUGCUAUGAGAAGAUGGACCAGCUGAAGCUGGAGGGUCUGCAGCAGCGAUUCGAUGUCUCCAGCACGUCUGUCUUCAAGCAGAGGGCCCAGAUCCACAUGAGACAGCAAAUGGACGAUGCUGUGUACACCUUCGAGACUCUGCUGCACCAGGAGCUGGGGAAGCUGCAGGGCAAGGACGACCUGUGCAAGUCCAUCCAGCGCAUCCUCGAGAGGGUGCUCAAGAAAUUUGACUAUGACAGCAGCACCGUGAGGAAGAAGUUCUUCAGGGAGGCCCUGCUGCAGAUCACCAUCCCCUUCCUGCUGAAAAAGCUGGCACCCACCUGCAAGGGGGAAUUGGCCAAGUACCAGGAGCUGAUCUUUGAGGACUUUGCCAGCUUCAUCCUGGUGGAGAACACCUACGAGGAGGUGGUGCUGCAGUCAGUGAUGAAAGACAUCAUGCAAGGUAGGGUGCUGGGGGCUGUGGGUGACCCCGUGCAGGGUGCUGGGGGCUGUGUGAGGAGGGGUGACCCCGUGCAGGGUGCUGGGGGCUGUGUGAGGAGGGGUGACCCCGUGCAGGGUGCUGGGGGCUCUGUAGGGAGGGGUGACCCCGUGCAGGGUGCUGGGGGCUCUGUAGGGAGGGGUGACCCCGUGCAGGGUGCUGGGGGCUCUGUAGGGAGGGGUGACCCCGUGCAGGGUGCUGGGGGCUCUGUAGGGAGGGGUGACCCCGUGCAGGGUGCUGGGGGCUCUGUAGGGAGGGGUGACCCCGUGCAGGGUGCUGGGGGCUCUGUAGGGAGGGGUGACCCCGUGCAGGGUGCUGGGGGCUCUGUAGGGAGGGGUGACCCCGUGCAGGGUGCUGGGGGCUCUGUAGGGAGGGGUGACCCCGUGCAGGGUGCUGGGGGCUCUGUAGGGAGGGGGUGCUGGGGGCUCUGUGUCCCUGGACCCAAGGUCCCGUCAGGAGCUGGGACACGCCGGGCUGCACCAGCACCGCCUGUGCCUGGAGCUGAGGUGUCAUCAGGGGGGCAGUGUGCCACACCAGCGCUGUCACCUGUCCCUGGAGCUGAGGUCCCAUCAGGGACUGGGGAACAGCGUCCUGGACCAGCAUCCCCUGUGCCCAGAGCUGGUGUCCCAGCAGAGGCUGAGGUGCCACACGCCACACCAAGAUCACCUGUGCCGGCAUCACCUGUGCCCAGAGCUGGUGUCCCAGCAGGGGCUGAGGUGCCACACGCCACACCAAGAUCGUCCGUGCCAGCGUCCCCCGUGCCCGGAGCUGGACCCCCGCCGGUGCCCAGCGUGCCACACGCCCCAGCAGCAGCAGCCAGCCCCCGAGCCGGUGUCCCAGCAGAGGCUGAGGUGUCCCUUGUCACAGCAGCGCCACCCGGAGCGCAGAGCCCGUCACCAGCGUGUCACCAGCGCGGUGACAAGGAGCCGGGCCAGCCCGGGGAGCGCAGCCCCCCGCAGGCCAGCGCCAGCCCGCAGAGCGGGGAGGGGGUGCAGACUGAGUUCUAGCCCCAGCCCCUGCCAUGGACUGGCCCCGGUGACACUGGGGCUGGGGAGGGGGCCAGGACCCCCGGGAUGGAGAGCAGCACACGGGAGAGGGAGGGGAUGGGGACACCGGGACCUUACUGCCCGGGGGGUCCCACAGCCCCCGCUGGGUCGGGCUGGGGGUGGCCCCAGCCUGCCAUGGGGCAUCCCCUGCGCUCUGCUCUGUCCUUUUCUGCCUUCUUUUCUUUCCUACUGAGG